AUGACUGAUUCUGUUGCAGUUCCAGUUCCAAUCCCCACACCAUUUGUGAAUAAUUUUUUUACCUUAACCCAUCAGUUCUAUGCUGAUCAUCGUUCAGCAAUUCUAAUUGCGACUGGCACAGUAUUAACGGGAUGGUUGUACAAUCUUUUAUGGGUUAAUCGUCGUCUAAGCUCAAGUUCAACAUUAAUGACGAAUAAAACAGUAGUAAUCACGGGAGGUAGUUCAGGGAUUGGCUAUGAGACGGCCAAAGAUUUAGCUAGACGAGGUGCUCGUCUUAUUAUCGUUUCCCGUAAUCCUAAAAAAGGUCAAGCAGCCGUCGCCAAACUACGUGAUAAAUCUGGAAAUAAACAAAUUGAGUUUAUGCAAUGCGAUUUAUGUUCACUGGAUUCUGUGAAAAAUUUUUGCAAUGCAUACAAUGAAAAAGAAUCCAGAUUAGAUGUAUUAAUUAAUAAUGCAGGUAUUUUGUUCGGUCUCGAUGUAGUUACGAAAGAUGGUUACAAUUCCAUAGUUCAAGCAAAUUAUUUGGGUCACUUUUUGUUAACAAAUUUAUUAUUAGACAAACUAAAACAAUGUAAACCAUCUCGAAUUAUUAAUGUAUCGUCUAGUAUACACAGUAAAGAUCCAUUGUAUGGAGCUGUUGGUCUGUUACGUUUUGUCAUAUUUUAUCCAUUACUUUAUCUGGCAAAAACAUUCUUUGCUAAAACAUCUAAACGCGGCGCACAAACAAUAAUUUAUUGUGCCGUGGCAUCUGAACUGAUCAAUUCAAAUGAGAUUUAUUUCGAAAAUUGUUCACCACAACAGCCGAAUCAAAUUUGUCUUGAUGCACAAAAUAUUGAUCGAUUAUGGAAAGCAAGUUGUGAAGCAGUUGGACUCUAG